AUGGUUGAUUUCGCCGAUCUGUAUUAUAGUUUCAGCCACGAGGACCUCCACCAGAAGCCAACCGAUGAAAACAACGACGAAGAACAACAAUCCGAAGUGCUUAGUGACUUGUACCCAGCAGAAAUGCCCCUUCAAAUCAACAAGAGCAUACGAAAGCCAAAGAAAACAGAGGAUUUGACCGAGUUCCAGCCUCCUACUUAUGAUACAAGCUCCAUUGGGUCCUUCUCCCCAGACACUCCACCCAUUGGCCACUUCCACAAUCAUGAUGAUGACAACAACAGCACCAAUAACAAUAAUAACCCCACGCUUCGGCGUUCGCUCAUAAUGGACCGUCUUUCACAGGUCACCAUGGACAUCCAAGAUCAAAUGACCAGCGACGAAGAGGGAGACAACACGUUUGAUUUCUACAGCAGCUACGGCGACGAAGAGGACGAAAAGGCGGUUCCAGAUGAAGAAGACGAUGCAUUUGACCUGGAUUGUUCAAGAGAAGAGAAUGUGACACCGCUCACCAGCACCAACUCUCUCAACAACGUUUCCCUGUCACCCAAACGAGUCUCUUCAGCACCUCCUUUCUUCGACAAGAAAAAGCCCAGAUCAUUCAACGACGACAGUCCCAUUCUCGGCAAACUAGACGAGCUUUCUGAAAAGCUAGCUGAAUUAGAACAUAUGUUAUAA